AGAGUCUAGGGUUCCCUUACCAAAACCAAAAGCCACUCUCUCCUUCUUCUAAUCCCAACCAUCUCCCAGAAACCCUCAACAAAACCAUGGACGCCGAAACGGCAUCGGAAUCCGGCCUAACCCUGAUAAAGCAGCUCGCAUCUUGCAACAAUGGCAGCCGCGGCCGGGCCCUUAGGGUUCUCCUCAAGACCUGGCUCCCCACCCAGCUCAACCUCUCCGACGACCACAUGAAGAAGCUCUGGAAAGGCCUCUUCUACUGCAUGUGGCACGCCGACAAGGCCCCGGCCCAGGCCCAACUGAUCGACCGCCUCUCCUCCCUCGUCCCCAGCCUCCACCUCCCUCUCGCCAUCGACUACUUCUCGGCGUUCCUCCUCACCAUGCGCCGCGAAUGGUCCGGCAUCGACGCCCUGAGGUUAGACAAGUUCUACCUUUUGAUUCGUAGAUUCAUGGCUAGCUUCUUUGCUUUGAUGAGGAAUAAUUCUUGGGAUUUGGAGCUUGUGAAAAAAUUGAUGGGGGUUUUAAUGGAGGGGGCUUUUUUCGCCGAGGAUAAGUUUCCGGCGAAAGGGGUUAAUUACCAUAUUGCCUCUGUGUUUCUUGAGGAAUUGAGGCCGUUUAUGCCGGUGAGGAAGGAAGUGGUUGAGGUGGUUUUAGUGGGGUUUGUUAGGGUUAUGGCGAAAGCGAAUGACAAGGUGUUGGUGGGGAAGAUUAAGGGGAGUAUGUUUGAUGUGUUGCUUGGGAUGGGGAGGAGGCUGUUGGAGGUUAGGAAGUUGGGGGAGGAUGUGGAUUCGGGGGAUGAUGUGGUGGUGUUUGGGUCGGUUGCGCUGUGCUUGGGGUUUUCGAGCAGGUUUCAUGAAAUGGGGGAGGCGGAGGAGUGCUGUCAGGGGAAUAGGAAGGUGUUGUUUGGGUUGGAUGAGGAGUUUUUGAAGUUGGAGAAGGAGUUGGCGGCUUCUGGGAUUGAGGUUUUGAUUCCUGAUGCUGUGAGGAAUGAUGAUGAUGAGGAAGUGCCGAGUUUGAUUCCUAUUGUGGGUGAGGGGAUGGAGGUUGACGGCUCGGAACCUGGUGAGGUUGCCAAUGGGUCUGCUGGGAAGCCUUUGAAGAAGUGCAAGAAGCGAGAGAAGGACCCUGGUGGUGCUGAUGUUAAGGCAGAGAAGAAGAAGAAGAAAAAGAAGAAGGACAAGAAGCAGAAUGGGAUUUUGGAUUCUGACCCUGAGAAGAGCCAUUCGGAUAGGGAGAAUGAGAAUGUGGAUGCAAAUGGUGAGAACCCAGAUAAUGAACAGGUUACUGAUGGUGAUGAGAUAAAACUCGAUGAUUAUGCGAUCUCGAACCUCCAGAUGCAGUUUGAGAAGAUUGCUGCUGAAGCAGGCUUGGAUCAUGAUCUUCCAAGUGCCUGUGAAUUGCCGGCAGCUACAGCUAAUGGUACUGUCUCUAAGAAGAGAAAGAGAGUGAAGAAAGCUGAUGAAGUUGUGGAGGAUGGCACCAAGGCAAAGAGUGGGGAGAAGAGUGCAAAGAAGGUAAAGUUUUCCAUGAAAAACAACUUGGUGUGGAAGCCGCAAAGCCCUUUACCCCCUCAAAAUCUAAGAUUGCCCCCGUCCGCUACACCUAGAGGAAGUGCACUCAAGCAAGGAGUACCUCCAGGUCCCGUCAGGGAAAUGCCUCCCCCAACCAAAAAAGUGAAAAGAGUUGUGAAGAAGACUCGGAAAGUUGUCAAACGCGUAAAGAAGUUGAAAUCUCGUUCUCCUUAGUAGUAUCAGGACUUAUAUGAUUGUUGAGAGGUCGUUAGUAAACGUCCUGGAACUUGGAUGGCAGCAGACAGAAUCCUAUGUUGUUUCAGUCCUUUUAGGUGAUAUAGACCCUAAUUUCAGUAUUUGAUCAGUAUUUGAUCCACUGUUAAUUUGACUAUGAUUCUGGUGGCAGGCGUGUGCACCUUGCUAAAAUCUUAGUCCUUGGUAGGAUUUACUGUCUUUGAAGUUUUUUGUAUUUAGUUUUUUUUUUUUCUCGUUUUAAUUGGUGGUGCGUUGUGGUUGUGGUUUGAUUCUAUUGAAUAGCAUGCUCGAGUGCAUGCUCGAGGGCUGGGCACGGGCCGGGACGGGCCAGUUACUGACUGAUACCGAACCCGAUACCGAAAAUAUUAUUCGGGACGGGCUGGGACGGGACUUCGUUUUUUCAAAGGUAGUACCGAAGGUACCGAAACCGAUCGGGAUCGGGUCGGGCCCGGGCCCAAUUCGGGAUACCCGACCCUCUUUUUUUUUUUUUU